AUGGCCCACCACAAGUCUCACGAAUGGGCGCAAGGUGCAAUCGAUGAGUUCGAGUCAUUGCGUGAUGAUUACUCAGUCUUUACGAUUACGAAACGAGACGAGCUUCCCGCGGGCGCCAAGGUUCUCGCCUCCAAGUUCGUUUUCCGAACGAAACGGGACAAGGAUGGUCGGCCGACUUCGUACAAAGCUCGACUUGUUGCACGAGGCAUCACGCAACGGCCGGGAAUUGAUUUCAAAGAGACGUUCGCACCGACAGCGAAGUUUGUCUCGAUUCGUACUCUCAUCGCGUUGGCGGCGGCCCGGGGUUACCAUAUCAUCCAAGCGGACAUUGACAAGGCUUAUUUGCAUGGCGAACUUGAAGAGGAAUUGUACAUGCGCGUACCGGAGGGAAUCCGCCUGCCCGACAAUGUCUGUCUCAAGUUGCACCGCUCGAUUUACGGUCUCAAGCAGGCCGGCCGGGUAUGGAACGAGACGAUCCAUAAGACCCUCGUCAAGCUUGGUUACAAUCGUCUUCGGAGCGAAGAGUGUGUCUAUCGUCGAACACUUGGCAAAGACGAUUAUUACAUCGCGGUUUACGUCGACGACUUGUUGUUCGUUGGUGCCGACUUAUCCGAAAUCGAUCGCGUGCUCGACGAAUUGGAUCGAUUGUACGGAGUCAAACGUCUCGGAAAUGCAGAGUACAUCCUUGGCGUCCAGCUCAUUCGUCAAGCGGACGGGAUUGCGUUGUCGCAGCGACAGUAUUUGCUCGAUGUACUUGCAAGGUUCGGCAUGGCGGAUGCUAACAAAAGUGUAUUACCAAUGCAACCGGGUCUUCAGCUCAAACCCUGCGACACUCCGGAUCCCUCGUUCCAGACGCAGUACAGGUCGGCGAUUGGAUCGUUGAUGUACGCCGUCGUUGCAACUCGACCUGAUCUUGCGUAUCCGGUGUCGUACUUGGCAAGAUUCACGAACAAGGCGGGCAGCGACCAUUGGGCAGCAGUUCUGCAGAUCCUACGCUACAUCAAGGGAACUCUCGAACUCGGCAUUGUAUACAAGGCGAAACGUGAUUCGUUGGUUGGAUACGUGGGAUACUCGGAUUCAGACUGGGGUUCAUCGGAUGGGGCGGGGGGUAUUCGCCGUUGCCAACACGACCCCAAUGGCAGGAGUGUCAUCGAUUCCAGAACCUCCGCCGGCGACGCUUCAGACGACACGCGGAGGGUGUCAUCGUUUCCUCCCCUCGAAGUCAAUGCCGUAGAUGCAUUUUCGAUGGGGUCGGUUUCAAGCUCGGAUCUCAUCAUGUGA